AUGGAGAAAGAUCACAUCGAACCCAAGGCGGGUCCGACAUCCUCCUCCGACUCGACUCCUCCGGCCUACGGGGAGUCGGUCUCUACACGUCCUGGCAUUGGUCGGCGCAUUAUCGACAGCUUCAAACGGGACCCCAAUGCCCAUGUCACCACGCGAGCCACGAGCGGUGCCGAUGGCAAAUCGUUCGAUAUUGAAAAUGCAGCCCUCCAGACAGCUCAGUCCCCGCUGCAGCGCAGUCUCAAGAGUCGUCACCUUCAAAUGAUUGCUAUUGGUGGUUCAAUCGGUACUGGUCUGUUCGUUGGUUCCGGAAAGGUUCUGGCGGUUGGUGGUCCCGCCUCGGUCCUGAUCGCAUAUGCCCUGAUUGGUUGUAUGCUUUACUGCACGGUGCACGCUCUUGGUGAAAUGGCUGUCCUCUUCCCCGUCGCGGGAUCAUUCGCCCACUACUCUACUCGCUUCAUCGACCCGGCCUGGGGUUUCGCAAUGGGCUGGAACUACGCAUUGCAAUGGCUUGUGGUCCUGCCCUUGGAGAUUGUCGCGGCGUCCAUCACCGUCGACUACUGGGAAUCGAGCAUCUCAAACGCUGCGUGGGUCGCAAUCUUUUGGACGGUGAUUGUCUCUAUCAACCUGUUCGGUGUCCGUGGUUAUGGUGAAGCCGAGUUUGUCUUCUCGCUUAUCAAAGUCAUUGCGGUCAUCGGUUUCAUCAUCCUCGGCAUCAUCUUGAACUGCGGCGGUGGUCCCCAAGGUGGUUACAUUGGUGGCAAAUACUGGCACGACCCCGGUGCAUUCCACAACGGCUUCAAAGGCCUAUGCAGCGUCUUCGUGAACGCCGCCUUCGCCUUCGCUGGAACUGAGCUCGUGGGACUUGCUGCCGCCGAAACUGCUAACCCUCGGAAAUCCCUUCCGACCGCUGUGAGACAGGUUUUCUGGCGUAUCUCUUUGUUCUAUAUCGUCUCCCUGACUCUGGUCGGCCUUCUUGUGCCGUACACCAACCCACAGCUCCUGAACGGGAAGUCCAGUGCUGACGCCAAAGCCUCUCCGUUCGUUAUUGCCAUCAAGAAUGCCGGUAUCAACGUCUUGGACUCCAUCAUGAACGUUGUGAUCAUGAUUGCUGUCUUGUCCGUCGGCAACGCAUCGGUUUAUGGUUCGUCUCGUACCCUUGCGGCACUUGCGGAACAGGGACAGGCUCCUCGGUUCCUCGCGUACAUUGACCGCAAAGGUCGCCCUCUCUGGUCCAUUUGCAUUGCCUCCGCUCUGGGUCUACUUGGAUUCCUGUCCGCAUCGGACAAGCAGGAAGUUGCUUUUGAAUGGAUGAUGGCCAUUUCGGGACUGUCGUCGAUUUUCACUUGGGGUUCGAUCUGUCUCGCCCACAUUCGCUUCCGCCGUGCCUGGAAGCUCCAAGGACACAGCCUGAACGAAUUGGCGUUCCAGUCGCAGCCCGGUCUCAUCGGUUCCUGGAUCGGAUUCAUCUUCAACUGCUUGGUCCUGGUCGCGCAGUUCUGGGUCGGUUUUGCGCCCAUUGGGUAUAGCGACAUGACCACUGGCGAGCUCGUCGAAAGCUGGUUCUCGGUCUACCUUGCUGCCCCCGUCGUCAUCUUGUGCUACAUCCCGUACAAGCUCUGGUACAAGACCCCCUUCCUCCGCGCCAAAGACAUGGACCUGCAAACGGGUCGCCGGGAGCUCGAUAUUCAGUAUCUGAUCGAGCAGGAGCGCGCGGAACAGGCGGAAUGGCCUAUGUGGAAGAAGGCGUACAAGAUCUUCUGCUAG